UCAUGCGUGACGCCUAUAUGCCACUGACGUCAGAGAUUGGAAUACGACAACGGUGGCCUUGGGACAAAAAGAAAAAAAUGAGCCAUCUCCCAGGUCGGUUAUAUAAACCGCGUAUUUUCAAUAUUUGGCACACCAACCUAAGAAACGAUCACUAUCGAACUAAGAAGCCGGUUUGCAACCUUAACAGAUCAAGAAAAAUGAACAGUUUCGGAAGAUAUACUUUCAGCCUCGCUGUUGUCCUUUAUAUUAGCAUUGUUCUGUGCGCUGAGAACUCUGAGGCGGCUACCGCGAAACGCCCGUUUCGUGGGCAGGGAGGAUGGACACUUAACAGCGUUGGAUACAACGCAGGACUAGGAGCGCUGCGAAAACUGUUCGAAAAGAGGGACGGUUCUUCUCUAGAUGUUGAAUCAAUGCCACUUGACAACGAAGAAAUGGAAAACCUUGCUAAAGAUUUUGCCUUGUUUCUCGAAGUAAAAGAGAGUGGACUGCUCGGUCCAAGAAUGCUUCGUUGCAUACUGUCUCGCAACGAUCAAGUUAUGGACAGUAUGUCAGAAAUGUAAAGUUCUGCUGGAGAAACAAUACAUAUGAAACUAUAGACUAAUCAUCACCAUCAACUGGGUUCACUAUUAGUCGUUAUUAAGAAUUCCAUUUUCAUGUUUAUGUGUUGUGAUAAAAGUUGCUAUAAUUAAAUAAAUAAAGCAAAAGCAAAAUGUAA